UUCUCCUCCCACACUCUAUUUCUGACGCUAUGUCUCUCUCUCUCUCUCUCUCUGAUUAUGGAGCCACCACAACGGUAUAAUAAUAGCCAAAAAGAAAGAAAAGGGCAGCCCAUCGUCAACAUCACUUGCAUACAUUGCACUUGUCUCACUCAUUUUGGUCUCCUCUCGAACGUUAAGAUUUGCUAAGGCUAGUUGUUCCUUUCUUUCUUUGCUUCAAAGGUUCAUUCUGUUUCUUCAUUAGCGUACCACCAUCUGUAUUCUGUCAAGUUUUGGCUUGGUGUUCCAUCUCUCCCUUCCAGCACCAAAAGAAAAACAACUGGGAAUGCAGAAAAAUGUGCUUGAUCUCUGGUAAUUCAUGUUGCGGAGCUUGUGAAAUUCAAUUGCCAUUUAGGUUGCGCUUAUCCAUACCGUAUGAGGUCGGAUACUCGACACUUGACAGAUUCACAGUUGGGAUUCGAAUGAACAAGGAAAUCAGAAAUAGAAUUGCUGUUGUUUUGAAGCACUGCCUUGGCGCAGACGAUUGAGUUUUUAAGCUCUAAAGAUUCCCAUCCUGUGAAUUAUAAUUUAUAAAUAUAGUCUAUUAAGAUUUCUUAUUGACAAUGGAAAAUAAGGGGAAUGUGUUGAUGGAAAGGUAUGAUUUUGGGAGAUUGCUUGGCCAAGGAAACUUUGCUAAGGUUUACUAUGGGAGAAACCUGAAAACUGGCCAGAGUGUGGCCAUCAAGGUCAUUGACAAAGAGAAGGUUCUGAAAGUAGGACUGAUGGAUCAGAUCAAGCGAGAGAUAUCUGUCAUGAGAUUGGUUAAACAUCCAAACGUACUGCAACUAUACGAGGUUAUGGCCACCAAAAACAAAAUUUACUUUGUGAUAGAAUAUGCUAAAGGUGGCGAACUCUUUAAUAAGGUAGCAAAAGGGAGGCUCAAGGAAGAUGUUGCUAGGACGUAUUUUCAACAGUUAAUCAGUGCAAUUGAUUUUUGUCAUAGCAGAGGUGUUUCUCACCGAGAUUUGAAACCAGAAAACUUAUUACUGGAUGAGAAUGGAGGUUUGAAGGUGUCAGAUUUUGGUUUGAGUGCUGCUGCUGAGUCUAGGCGUCAAGAUGGUUUGCUGCACACUACUUGUGGAACUCCUGCAUAUGUGGCUCCUGAAGUUAUUUAUAGGAAAGGCUAUGACGGGGCCAAAGCUGACAUCUGGUCUUGUGGGGUGGUCUUGUUUGUUUUGCUGGCCGGUUAUCUCCCAUUUCAUGAUGCAAAUCUGAUUUUGAUGUACCGAAAAAUAAGAAAGGCAGAGUACAAGUUCCCUAACUGGUUUUCACCUGAAAUGUGCAGGCUGCUAUCAAGGAUGCUUGAUCCUAACCCAAAAACUAGAAUAUCCAUCACAAAAAUAAUGGAAAAUUCCUGGUUUAGAAAAGGACUCGAUUCUAAUGCUGUUACAAUUAAAAAUGAAGUUACUGGAUUGGAUCCUUUGGCUGCUGAUGUGACAUUUGACUCUUGUGAGAAUGAUAGUGCUCCUGCUGAAGCCAAGAAAGAGUUGAGCCAGCCUACCAGUUUGAAUGCCUUUGAUAUCAUAUCUCUUUCAUCUGGGUUUGACUUAUCUGGUUUGUUUGCGAAAGAUAACCAGAAGAAAGAAAAAAAGUUCAUAUCAAUGCACUCUGCCUCAACUAUUACAUCCAAGCUGGAGGACAUUGCUAGGCUUCUGAAGCUAAAAGUAAAGAAGAAAGAUGGAGGGCUGUUGAAGUUGGAGGGAUCAGAGAAAGGUAGGAAAGGGGCGUUGUCCAUUGAUACAGAAAUAUUUGAGUUCACUCCAUCUUUUCAUUUGGUAGAGGUGAAAAGUUCUAGUGGUGAUACCCUGGAAUACCUACAGAUACUGGAAAAUGGUAUAAGACCAGCUCUAAAGGACAUUGUUUGGGCAUGGCAAGGUGAGUAGCGGCAGCAACACAUACUUUCUUCCUAGUUAUGCCAGCAUUUUGAGUUAUUGUUUUGUUGUGUGAAUUUCGAAUUUUAUUCAUAAAUUUAUUUAUUUGGGACCUGUCACGGCCUACGUGUGCUUGUAAACAACCAUCAUUCAACAUUCUUAGUGGUUUGGUGCUCAAUUUAUUUUCUUUA